AAAAAUUACAGCUUUGUCACUUUCACUCGUUAAACAGCAUCAUUUGGCGUCACUUACUUCUCGUUAAAACGACAAAGUCAUAACGUAAGCAGUGAAGUUGGAUGUGUUAAUUCAAUUGACACCACUUUCAUCUCAACUAUUAUAAGACAUGACAAAAUUUCACUGGAGCUCAGUUUUCAGUGGAACCCUCGAUUUGAAACACUAUUAGUUACAUAAAAAAGUUUUAGAAACCUUUCAAGAAUGUGGAAUAUAAUUUCAGUGACAGUGCUAUUGACAUUAUUCAGUUUAGUUUUUAGUGAAGAUGCAUUUUUAAACGAAACUAUACACAUAAGAGUUAAACGUGGAAAGUACUACUCAUAUCCGUCUAGGUUCUACAGGCGACCUCCAAACAGUUAUCCUGUCAAGGGGGCCUUUUCUAUAACCCCCCCUCCAGGAUACAUUGUGGAUGACGAAGAACCCCCCUACCCGGGAAGACCACACGAUCCAAGACCUAAGGUUAGUAGUAAAAGACCCAAUGAUGGUUUAAGAGACGAGGACACAAAUAACAUUAUUAAAUACUUAAGCAAGCAAGAUUUGGAUAAGCUCAUAGAUAUGGCCAGUGAAAGAGAAAGAUAUAGGGAAAAUUCAGUUGAAAGAAGACCUUAUAAACGAGACGAAAGUAGAGUUAAAGAUACUGAGUAUCCAACUCCAGGGUAUUCUCUAAACGGUCCUUAUAAAAUCUAUGAAUCAGACAAAUUCAACAGAAACGGACCUUUGGUACAAGAAUCAGAUUCAAUCCCAAUUAACUUUAAGCCACAAGAUGAGAUUUAUAAUGGGCCUUUUAGAUCUCAAAAUACUGAGGAAUUCAGACCUAAACCACAAGAAUAUGAUAGUAAAUACAACGGACCAUACGCACCCACAGACUUAUUAAACUACGUUGAAGACGCCACUCAAUCGAAAAUAGUGUACGUUAACCACGAUACAGCAAAUUUGCAAACAGAAGAAUCAAUGCAAAAUAAACAAAUGUCGUAUCUAAAUGCGUAUAUACAUCAUGAGAUAAAUGAUAUGCCAAAUUUAGAUAAUGGACAGAGAGAAGAAUUAUUGCCUAAACCUGUUAAUUUAAGAGAAGAAGAUUUUGAUAUUUCUUAUACAAAUAAUGUGCCAACUGUAGUAAGGCCGAGUUACAAGGUGGAGAGUUUUGGAGAUCUGCCUUUGAUGAGUAAUGCUCAUAAAUUGGAUACAGUCAGUUCGUACAAAGUGCCGCAUUAUACAGUAAGUAGUAAAAGAAAACUCAAUGUCUUAAAUCUAAUUUUGAAUCUCUCAAAAUACAACCCACCUCCACCACCAUCAUCAUCAUCAUCAUAUUCCUCACCCUCCGUGCCACUAGAACCAGCGCCACCAAUCUCAGCUGCCAAAGAACAGAGCGACGCGCACCUUAAAGCUAUCAAGAUAUGGGCGCAUCGCUCACAGGGGACAGCUUAUACGUUACAUAAUGACGGGACUUUAUCGUUAGAGAGACAGAGGCCGAAGACUAAAUACGGACAAUGACACAGAUUAAACAGAGAAUUAGCGUGAGACCACUCAUAGGUGCA